AAUCCAAGUCAUAGGAAAAUAAUUCAUAGGAAAGGCAUUCACUUCUUUAUUUUCCCUAGAACAAUUAGGGGGCUAAUUUUGAGGAAAUUCUAGGCUGGAUAAUUAGUCGUACAACAACGUCAUUUAUCAACUCCGAUAAAGCAAAUAACGUGAAAAAUAUCUCAUUAAUGAUAUUUAUACGGAAAUUUAAAAACCUUUCCCAGUGAGCAAUGCAAAUUGCAAGAAAUGACUCGGAACCUGUUUACUACUAUUAGAUUGUUAAGUACCACAUCUAUUCAUUAAUUUAUCAAAACGAGUCUUUGAAAUAUCAUCACAAGUACGACAUUCCCGCCACUGCCCUUUGUCUGCGCCUGCUCAGUUUCCUCCAAGUCAGCUGAUAUGUAUUUACUAUCCAUACAAAAGCGAAGAACAGUCGCACGUGAGGUUUAUAAACUAUUUAUUUUAUUUCAAUUAUGAUAAUCCGUUUUAUCAAAAAAUCCACGUGAAACCAUCAAAAUGGAAACCACUGGAGCUGGACACCGCUACAAGUACCUUCUGGCGAUUUACAUUUUUUGCUCGUCACUCUUCACAAUUUCCCUCUUCUUAUCCGCAUUUUUUCCCCUGAAUUACUACACAAAUUCGACAGCCUCCGUGGAUGACAUUCCUACCUCAAUAAAUGGAAUCAAACUGGACACAAAUACCCUGUACAAACCUUCAGCUCAGAAAGUGGUCUUCAUGGUCAUUGACGCUCUACGUUGGGACUUCAUAACAAAUGCACAUAAGACGAACUCGAUGCCAUUUACAGCGGCAUCAAUCUCAAACAAAUCGGCUUGUCUCAUCCAAGCCCGAGCGAAUGCUCCCACCGUCACAAUGCCGAGGAUCAAAUCCAUGAUGACAGGAGCAGUCUCGAGUUUCAUUGAUGUUGCCCUCAACCUCGGGGAAACCUCCGUUACCAGUGACUCCGUCCUCAACCAAGCGAAAAAUCAUGGCCACAGGAUAAUAUUUUACGGCGACGACACCUGGAUUAAACUAUUUCCGAAUAUUUUUCAUCGCCAUGAAGGUACGACUUCCUUCUUCGUCUCGGACUUCAAGGAAGUCGAUGACAACGUGACUCGUCACAUCGGUAAAGAGUUGGAGAUCAACAACGACUGGUCGAUAAUGAUACUCCAUUAUCUAGGGCUGGACCAUAUUGGUCAUACCUUUGGACCCCAAAGUCCACUGGUCCAGCCCAAGUUACGAGAAAUGGAUGACGUCAUCGAGAGGAUUUUAAAGAGUAUUAAUAAGUGGAAUAACGAUGGUAUCCCCGCGAUUUUAAUAGUCUGCGGGGACCAUGGGAUGAAGAACUCUGGUGGGCAUGGUGGAGCUACUCCAGAAGAGACUCUAGUCCCUUUUGUCGUUUUUGGAGAGAGCUGCCCUGGUGAAUCCAGCCAAAUCGAACAGGUUGACAUUGCGACGACUCUAUCCAUGAUCCUGGGAAUUCCGAUUCCCCAAUCGAACUUGGGGAGUGUCGCCAUGGAGAUCAUCAGAGAUCUACCAGAUGCCUAUCAGCUGUUUCUACUCCAUUACAACGCCAAACACAUGUUCAGUCACUUCAGAAAAUUGUCGGAGUUCGAAUCCUCAGAGAUUUAUGAUAACUAUUACAAGACAAUCAAGUUGCAUACCGAAUGGUUGAUCGGUAAAAAUAAGCACAAGGCUGAGCAGCAAUUGACGUACAUAGUUGAUCUCUAUGAUAGAGUACUUAAGGGAAUGAAGGAGAUCCUCAUACAGAGCGUCAUCAAGUACGAUCGAACUGUAAUGACGUUGGCAAUCGUGAUGAUUCUCCAGACUUUUUGGCUAAUUUCUACAAGAAAUUGGGGAAAAUUCUCCUCGAACAGAUGGUUUUUCUACUGGUGGACAAUUGGUAUCAGUCUCUGGCUGAUGCUCAAUCAUUUACUGUACAAUGAAAGUAACGAAGCUUAUUUUGAACUCGGGGACCCUUGGAUUAUAAUAAUGGUAUGCAUCGUCUUCACCAUUAAUUGCUACCUUUGUCAACCAAUUCACGAGUUAAUUCCCUCCGGUUUCUAUUUUGAGCCCUCGAGGAUGAUGUUCCCAGCUGCUAUGGUUUUUUAUGGGAUUAGCUUAUCUAGCAGCAGCUUUGUGGAGGAGGAGCACCAAACUUGGUAUUUCUUCUGGGGAACUUUACUGACGUAUCUAUUAUCCACAGAAAUCGGAAAGAUUUAUCACAAUUAUCGUAAUGAGCUCAAGGGCACCGAUGUCACUAGUGUUAUGAAGAUAUUGUUCUUGAUGACUCAGCACCGAGUUCUCCGGAAGUUGAAUAGCACUGGUAAUAAGUACGCACAUUUGCCGGACAUUAGCAACUGGAUAAGAGGCCAGGAAUCAAAUUUAGUUAUGAGUCUUACCGUUAUACUGUCCCUUGGUUUAUUAAUGUUCAUUGGGAUCAUCUGCGAGGACAAGAGAUCGAGAAAGGUCACGCUAGGGUUUUAUCUUACUUUAGGGGUCUGUGUGUACUUGAGACAUGCAGCGGAUAAUUCUGUUGCAAAUUUUAUUACGCUUUAUCCGCCCUCGAAAGGAGUUUACGAGGUCCGAUUUUUUUGGGGGAUUCUAAUGGUAUUCUUGGCUUACUCCAUUCGAAGAGGAAUUCUGUGCUAUAGGAAUGAGAAGAAAAAAUUCCUGCAGAGAGUAAUUUUUAGCGUAGUUCAGGUAUGGAUAAUGGUGGUGACGCUUCUUCAUCGACCUUAUAAUAUUGUACUAGUUCCCAUGGAAUUAAUUACAAUUCUAGUGAUUUACGAUUUAAUGAAAAAUUAUCGGGAUGGAGAGUAUUUAAUUCAUGUGAGUUAUUGGGUAGGAAAUGUAUUUUAUUUCUAUCAGGGAAAUUCUAAUAGUUUGGCGACUGUUGAUGUUGCUGCUGGAUACGUGGGGCUCCAGUCUUAUUGGCCUUUUUUAGCGACAAUUUACUUGUGCAUUAAUACAUACUCUGCGCCAAUUCUAGCGUACUUGAUACUUAUAUAUAAAAGUACCUGCAACAAUCAGGGAGGUUGUUAUAGUAGGGUUGAUAUAUUUUCGAUUAAUCGAGGGUACUCGAUGUUGAGGAUUUUCCCACUGGCCGUCUACACCAUUAUUAUUACCAUUCACAGGUACCACUUGUUUAUCUGGACGGUUUUUUCACCGAAGUUACUGUAUGAAGCUAUGUACACUGCAGUAUCGUUUUUUGCCAUGUUUAUGACACAAAUGUUUUUUUUACUACUGGAUGAAUGACGAUUAGCAAAA